AUGAAAUUAUCAACCACAACUAUCUUUGCUAUUUUAGCUACCACAGCUUUAACUAAUGCUGCUGCCAUUGAUACUCCAACUGCUACUUCAAACUCAGGUUUAGUUGUCAAAAGAGAAGACUUAAAUGAAGUCAUGGAACAAUUACAACAAUUAAGAUCAUUAAAAGUUAAAAGAGAAGAAAUUGAUGAUGAAAUGGCUUUAGUUGAAUUUGAUAAAAGAGCUGAAUCAGUUUUAGGUAACUUAAUUUCUGCUUUAGCUAAUUCUGGUUUAAUUAGUCAAGUUUUCGAUGAUUUAACUUCAGCUCCUGAAUUAAAAGAAUCAAUUGUUGCUAUUCUUAAAGCUACUUUACAAGCUGCUGUUGUUCAAGGUCCAACUUUAAUCAAAGGUAUUUGGAACUCAGGUUUAUUACAAGAUGUUUUCAAAACUGUUUUAAACGAUAGUGACUUAAGAAGUGCUUUAUUAGGUGCUGGUAAAGCUUUAUUCUCCACUGCUGUUAACUUGGUUCAAAACUUCCUUGGUUCAAAAACCGAUACUUCAAGUUCAUCAGCUGCUUCAGCUGCCGCUGCUGCUUCUAAAAGAGAAGUUACCAUCAUCUCAGAAAGAAGUGAUUCAGAUUCUCAAGAUAUUGAACAAAGAGAUUUAGGUGAUAUUAUCUCCUUCAUUGUUACUGAAAUUAAAGACUCAGGUUUAGUUUCUUCAUUAUUUAACAAAAUUACACAAGAUCCAGAAGCUACUAUUAACUUCUUAAGUUCAGCUUUAAAAACCGGUGCCGUUGUUGUUAAAGAUGUAUACUCUUGGGCCAAAUCUUCAGGUGUUUUAGCUGAAGGUAUCUCAUGGUUAAAGAACAGUGAUAAUGGUAUUAUUUCAACCUUAGCUUCAUUCUUAGGUAAUGCCCUUAAUACUGGUUCAGUUUCAGCCGAUGAAUUUGAUAACGCUACUACAUCUGCUGCUGCCACCGUUGCCACUACCAAAACAGCCACAGCUACUGCUGCUAACACAGCUGCCGCUGCCGCUGCUGCUGCUGCCGUUGCUGGUUCAACCACUACUGCUGCUGCCGAUUCUGAUUUAAGUUUCUUGUCUAAAUAUGCUGAACCAGGUGCUACCACCUUAUACAGAGCUAAAAGAAUGGUAUAUUAA